AUGGGUUUAGGUGGUGUGCUUAUGCAAGAUGGUUUGUGGGAAUCAAACUCUAUCAUAAGUGAUCUGAAGGAACACAAUUUUAGAACAAGGGAAGAGCUAGAAAUAUGCAGAAUCUUGAAAGGGAAACUACUUGCUGAUAUCCAGAAUAGUUUUGAUCGCAUCACUGGGAAAGAAGUGGAAGCUGGAGAGAUCACUGUCAAGCUAAACACUUUUGCUAAAAACUUAUCAGAUCUACAACUUCAGGAGGAAAUGAUGCUACAAAGUGAUGAAGCAUUCAAACGUGUAUACCCGGAGGGUCCCCAUGAUAAAAAGAGGAAGAAGGGUUUUUACAAAAGUGUCGCAUGCGACUCUAACUUCUCUUCGAAGCAGCGGAAGGUUGCUAUUUUAAUGCUUAUUCUUCGAGCUUUUGUUAUGCCAUCGUUCGAUGGCAAUUCAAUCCCUCCGUCAUUUGUUUCACUUUUGGAGGAUGUAGAUUCAGUUUCCAAUUAUGCAUGUGGAGCUGCAAUGCUUUCUUACCUCUUAUCAGGAAUAGAAAAUUUUAGAAGUAAGAAGAAAAAUCAUUUGGACGGAAAUUUCACGAUCUUUUUGGUAAACUUUUUUUUUGUUCGAAUUCCACAACUCUGGGGUGCUAUAGGAGUUGAGCCACUAGAGCAAGACGACUUCUCUUGCUCGAUUUUUUGGUUCAUCCAUAGUAUCAGUAAGAUGUCCCAUAACCAUAAAAAGUCCUAUGAAUCCGUGGAUAAUGUUUUGGCCGAACUCACCGAAGAAGACAUCCAAUUCUUACCAUAUGAUGCUGAAAAGUUGACAACUGAGCUAAAGGCGAAUGCUUACUUAGCAAGCAAGGUCUGCCCGAUUUUUUGCAACAACCUUGUGAUUCAUCAUAAGCCACAUCUUGUUGCAAAACAAUUCGGGUUGAAUGCUGCGGACCUUGUUGGUUUAUUUGAUUUUGUGGAGUACCAAAUAAAAAUCAAGGCAAAUGUGGGACAAUUUGGCCAUAAUUAUUUCAACAAUUACAAAAAGGAGAUCGGUCUUUGGGGACGUUGUGAUUGUCUGUUUAACCAUCAAAUUCCGGAUUUGAAUUUGCGAUCCAAAUUGAUUGGAAUUCCGUCCGAAAGUGGUGAUGAUCCUGACAUUUUUGCAAAAGGUUCAAGCAGAAGACCAACAAGUCCAAGUGAGCCUGGUUCAACCAGAAGCAGAAGACCAGAACCAACAAUUUCUGGUGGACCAAGCCGACUUGGAGACAACAGCCAAGAGAUCAGGCAUCAGCUUGAAAAUGGAAAAAGGUGA